AUGGCCUCUGACUACCACGGGCUCGGAGCCAAAGAACUAGAGAUUCUCUUCUCCAAGGCCGCCGGUGCAAAAGCUACUGCUUAUUGUAAUACUCCACCUCAAUUCCCCGGCCCUUAUUCAAAGUUCCGUGUUGGGGCAUGUAUUCUCACCCGGUCUGGCCAGUUUAUAGACGGCGCAAAUGUCGAAAAUGCUUCCUCGCCGGUGGGAAUGUGCGCGGAACAAAUAGCCUUUGGAAAAGCAAUUGUGGCCGGACAUAAUGAUUUCAAGGCAAUCGCGGUCGCGUCAGACACUAAGCCUGGCGUAUCCCCCAUGAGCGAAUUCACUCCCUCGUCUUUCCCGGUAUUUAUGUACGGUAGGGACGGCCAGUACACAGUGAGGACGAUGAACGAGGUACUAGGUAACCAUGUCUUGAUGGAAACUAAUAGGAGUGCUAAUGAAUCGAACUUAGCUUCUCCCUUUCACAUUUGGACGCAGCGACUGAGUCCUUCGGCGGUAAUGAUUGUUCGUAGAGAAAAUUAUGAGUGCUUCCGACUUAGGGCUUGCACGCCACUUAACUGUCUGGCUUACCUCCUUAGCUACUCCAUCGAUGCAGUAUCAAUAAAGACAGAAAAUUAUUUCCAGCUAACAGAGCCUCCAGCAUGUCUCACGUUUUACAUGACCGCUAAAAUGACUUUUAAAAUCGCGCUCGUGGAUGGGCUGAAGCCUGACGGGAGAAGAAAUCGGCAGUUUCAAUCCGGAUCUCUAUCAAAUAUCUCUGUAGACUGCCAACUACUGGCCACCAACCCAUCUGUGUUUAGUGGAUGUGAUACCACAAAAUGCAAUUCUGUAGCCAAUAUGAAUGAUUUGGCGGCAUUUGCAAUGGACGGUGCUGACACCGCUGGCUCCGCUGCCGAGGAAACCCACCAUUAUGUCUCGCACACGUCGCUCUCCAGCCCCGACGCGUAUGCAGCAAACCCGCGGUUUAGACAGUUACAGGAAGAACUUCGAUAUGUUCUAUUCACAGCCGUGGCGAGUCGUGCUCCUAGCAGAUGUCCCUCUCCCACAGGAACAGGCUCCGAGUUGGUCGAGGCAGCCGCAUCAGGGUUCUGGAAACGAAGCUUCGACUCGGCACAGGUGCCGAUACCCAAAGCCAGACUGAUCUACUACUUGAAAAACUGGAUUACUGAAUGUGCACCUCACCUCGAUAAAUUCGAUGAGAAUAGCCAUUUCGGCGUGCAAAUCCCUAUUCUUGCGCAGAAGUCGCCUUCGCUUUUGUAUGCCAUCUUGGCCUUUUCAGCACGCCAGUCCGAGCGCAAGGCGUGCCUCGAAAACUGUCGCGAUAGUCUAGAGCUUUACCAAGAAUCAAUCCGGCUACUAUCUCCUUAUUUGCAGACGAGAGACCCGAAUGUGCUUAUGACAGCUUGUAUCCUUGCGUGUAUGGAGCUGAUGUCCGUCAGUGCCCGCGGCUGGAGGCGCCACGUCGAGGGAUGUGCGGCUUUAUUCGACUCGUAUAUCGUCAACGGGUUUUCUGGUGGCCAUCUGCAGGCGGUCUUCUGGUGCUAUGCACGAAUGGAACUGUGCGGUGCAAUCAUCUCAGACGGGACGGAAAGCACAGUGCUUCCUCUUGAUAAAUGGGUUCCUCAGCAGGCCACUGCCGGUGUUUCUCCAGAUAGGAAAGAAGAAAUAAUUCGAGAUCUAUUCUACGAGAACGGUUCCUCUACGCCGGAUAUGCGUGCUAACUGGGCUGUCUAUCUCUGCACCAAGACAUGCAAUCUCACCUGCCGGCGAUCGAGGUACGUGGAGCUCGGCGAAGUGGACCAAGAUGAUCCAAGACCAUUUUCCGAGCAAUGGGUGCGACUCUGGGACGAACUACAAUUCUGGCGAGAACAUCGUCAUACAGCCAUGCUGCCAGUCAAGACUACAUCAAUGGAUGGCGAGCAGACUUUCCCCGAUAUUCUCUUCGCACAUUGGGCGGCUAUCUCGGGGAAUCAACUGUAUCAUACCGCGUGUAUCAUGAUGCUGGAAAUAAAACCCGUAGAUAUACCCUUGCUGUCGUCUAAUCCAUACUGCUCCGCUAUCUGGCAUGCCAGACGGGUCUGCGGAAUAUCAUUGACGAAUCCGCAUAGUGGGAAUCUGAUUAAUGCUAUUCAGCCGUUGUAUAUUGCUGGAAAACUCCUGACGCACUGGGACGAGCAUCUGGAGGUUGCCCGGCUAUUUAGAACGAUCGAGACUACGACCGGAUGGGGUGCUUUGUGGCGAUUGCGAGAUCUUGAACAUGCCUGGGGUUAUGAGCCUGGUGAAAUCUUGUCUGCCAUUUGA